CUCCACUCCCACUCCAGACUCCACGCAGGCCGACAGGCGUCCGCACCUCGGCUCCGGUUCGAUCCCCACCCGUCGCCGUCGGCCGGCGUCCUGAUUCCUGCCUGAGUAAGGGCGGUACAGAGCGGAGCAAGCGCGCCAAUGGCAGCAGGGCGGCGGCCGGGGGCGAAGCCCAGGGGCGGUAGCGGCGGCGCGGGGAGGAGGAGGAGCGCGUGGAUGGCGGAGGACGGGAGCAAGCGCUGGGGGGAGGCCUUCUUCCUGCUCUACACGCCCUUCUGGCUCACGCUCUGCCUCGGCGUCGUCGUCCCCUUCAAGCUCUACGAGAGGUUCACGGAGCUGGAGUACCUGAUCCUUGGCUUGGUGUCCACGGUGCCGGCGUUCGUCAUCCCACUCUUCCUCGUAGGGAAGGCAGAUAGUGUUAGAAAUUUGAAAGAUCGAUACUGGGUCAAGGCUAAUAUUUGGAUUAUAAUUUUUAGCUAUGUCGGUAACUACUUCUGGACACAUUACUUCUUCACAGUUCUUGGCGCGUCAUAUACUUUUCCAUCAUGGAGGAUGAAUAAUGUACCCCAUACGACGUUUCUCCUGACCCAUGCUUGUUUCCUGUUCUAUCAUAUGGCAUCAAAUAUGACACUCCGUAGAUUACGUCACUCUACAGCUAACUUACCACAGUCUAUUCGCUGGUUAUUUGAAGCUGCAUGGAUUUUAGCACUGUCAUACUUCAUAGCGUACCUGGAGACCCUAGCCAUUGCAAAUUUCCCAUACUAUGAAUUCGUUGACCGGGAUAUAAUGUACAAAGUAGGUUCUUUGUUCUAUGCAAUAUACUUCAUCGUCAGCUUCCCAAUGUUUUCAAGGAUUGACGAGAAAGAUGAGAAGUGGAACCUGUCCAGGGUGGCUGUUGACUCUCUGGGCGCAGCGAUGCUCGUCACGAUAAUACUGGACCUAUGGCGCAUAUUCUUGGGGCCAAUAGUUCCCAUCCCAGAGUCGAGGCAUUGUGGUGGUCAGCCAGGGCUCGCAUGGUUCCAACAAGUGCAGAACGAAAGCACCUGAUUCAGCGAAGCUGCUGAGAUCUGCGUUUCAACAUCAUCCAUCAUCUAAGCAUUCAUCAUGACUGAUAAGAAAUCUGCCUCUGCUGCACGAAAGAGAUGAUGACAUUGACAUGGUGUGCCCUAAAGAAAAAAAUGAUGACAUGAUGUGUAACUAACUAUACAGCGGCUGUUACUGCGUGUCGUGAAGACUGAAGAUGUGCCUGUUUGUCUUGUAUGUUUUUGUAUCAUGUUCAUGACAUGCUCGUAGUACUGUGUUGAUUUUUUUUUUUGAAGGCUGCAUAGCAACUGUGUUAAUAAAGUUUUCUGCAGAGUAAUCAUGUAGUACAAAGGUAGUUUUGUAUCACUGUGCUCGUUAACAAUGUUGUAGAAAGGAGACUGAUUGAGUGAUUG